AUGGCGGUGCCCAAGAGCUCGGCCCCCUUCACCCACCGAGCCUUGGAGCACGACACUGCGGCGGGGAAGGUCGCGGCGGGGCGCGUCGAGACCAGUCUCGUAGACCUGCUGCCCGCUUCGAGCCGGACCCCGGCGGACGACCUGACGACCCCUGCCCAUUCCCCCGUGGUCGCCUGCGUCGACGCGGAGCUCGAUCUGCGGCGACUUGCCGAUGUCCACGACUGGUUGUGGAUCGCCGGACGGCCCAUGCCGCCGCGCCCGCUCCACCAACAGCGCCUCCUCAACCGCGAGAUCCUGAUCACCGAGAGGCUGGACCAGCACUUGGUGUGGGGGACUGGCCGCAUGUUUUUCAAGCCGCUGCCGCGCUUCCUCCUCGAGCCGCGCUUCUGGGAGGAACACCUGCGUUGCCCACAGCCGCCCAGCCGCAUCGCAGGCGAGCAACGGUGUGCCUGUGGGGGUCGUCGGGAGCGAGCCCUCGGCUUGCUCUUCUCGUACGCGGGCCUCAUAGCCCACGAGAGCGACUUCCAUAUCGCCAAGGAGAACCACCUCCUGCCCCAAGAGGUGCAGUGGCAGUCGUGGAGGACGGUCGUCAAGGAAGUGCUGGGAACGCAGCACAUCUAUUCCUCGAUCGAUCCGCGUUUCCACUACGGAGAGCUCCGCCUCAGCCGGCUCAACAAAAUAUACUUCCUCUGGAAGACCCCGCUUCGCCGCUACAUGUCUCGCUGGACCCAGUACGGCUCCUUCUUUGGCGACAACUUUGCCUGGCUGGCCAGCUCGACCGUCUACAUCGCCAUCGUCCUGACGGUGAUGCAGGUCGGCCUGGCGACGGAGCUCCAGAACAACGAGGCUUUCCAGUCGGCCUCGUACGGCUUCACAGUCUUCUCCAUCCUGGGGCCUCUCGUCGCCGCAGGCCUCAUCUUGGUUGUAUUCUUCUAUAUGUUCGUCGAUAACUGGGUCGCUACGAGACGCUACCAGCGGAAGAGAAUGCAGAUCAUCAAGACCCAGGGGUAGCUGAUCUGAUUGGCCUUGGCAGGCUGCGCGGCAAGCUUGUCAGAACGACGCCAA